AAAUCCGAAAAUCUCUGGUCUAAGUAGCAACCACAGCUUGAGCUCAUAAGCUGGCACUUAUCUCCAAUCCUUAUCCACUUUUUACUUCUCAUUUCUGUGUUUCUUUCUGAUUCUGACUUUACCCUUUUUGUCUUCUUCUUCCUUCAAUUUAUUCAAUUAUCAUUCAAUUUAAUUUAAUUUUUUUUUUUGGGGGGUUUAUCCUGAAUUCUCCCCAUUCUUCCCCAUACCCAAGAACCCUCGAUUCAACGCAGAUCAAAUUGAAUCGAGGGUUUGAUUAAAUUUAGGGGAAAAUGAUUGUGAUUUCAUUGUUAUUGGAAGUUUUAAAGAGUCCCAGUAUCUGGGAUAUGUUGUUGGAGCUGAUGUUGUUGACUGUACCUCUUUGGAUUGCUGUUUUUGUGGGAGUUGUUGUGGGUUGGGCUUGGAGGCCCAAUUGGGCCAUUUUUGGUGGUGGUGUAGCUCAAAAGCAAUCUUCUUCUUCAAGUGAUGAUAAGGGUUUUAAUUCAAAUUAUAGUUUUAUAUCUUUGAAAUCACUGGUUCCCAGAUUCUUGUCUCAGACUGUGUCAAAUGGCAAUUUGGAUGAUGAGCAAAAUAACCUUUUGAAGUCUAAUUCAAGUUUGUCAAAUCAUGAGAGACAUGUGGCCUCUGCUCUCAAUGAAGCUGAUUUGAGGCAUUUGUAUCAAUUGGUUGAAGUGCAAGAUGGAGGGCCUGCUUGGAUUCAUAUGAUGGAUCGUUCUACUCCAACUAUGACCUACCAAGCUUGGCGCAGAGAUCCCCCGACUGGUCCUCCACAGUAUCGUAGUAGAACUGUCUUUGAAGAUGCUACUCCAGAGAUGGUGAGAGAUUUUUUCUGGGACGAUGAAUUUCGAUCCAAAUGGGAUGAUAUGCUCAUACAUCAUGCUGUAUUGGAGGAGUUUCAGUCUACCGGCACCAUGAUAGUGCAGUGGGUACGCAAGUUUCCAUUCUUCUGCAGUGACAGAGAGUAUGUAAUUGGUCGCCGGAUCUGGGAAUCUGGAGGCUCUUAUUAUUGCGUCACAAAGGGUGUGCCUUUUCCCUCUCUGACUAGACGAGAUAAACCAAGGCGUGUUGAUCUUUAUUAUUCAAGUUGGUGCAUUCGUGCAGCUGAAUCUCAGAAAAAGGAAGGCCAGAUGACUGCAUGUGAGGUAAUACUCUUCCAUCAUGAAGAUAUGGGUAUUCCUUGGGAGAUUGCGAAGCUUGGAAUCAAGCAGGGUAUGUGGAAUGCAGUUAAGAAGAUAGACCCUGGCUUGCGCACAUACCAAAAAGAGAAAUUGUCUGGAGGUACAAUUUCUCAUUGUGCUUUGAUGGCUCAUUCUUAUACUCGAGUAAGUAUAGAUUACCUCAAGGCCUUGGAGGCUGCAACUGGUGAUUUGCCAAUUGAAAAUCACGACACAGAUACAAAUUCUUCAGAGAAAUCAGGAAUAGCCAUACCUAGAGUUGUCAUAGUAGGUGGGGCUAUUGCUCUUGCGUGCACUGUUGACAGAGGGCUCUUGACCAAAGCAGUUAUAUUUGGAGUGGCCAGAAGAUUUGCAAGAAUGGGGCGGAAGACAUGACAUUGUUUGCUCAUGAAAAAGUUGCAAGAACCAUUUGCUUGCAUUCGGAGCAUUCCCUGCCUCUUGAUGGGGAAUGAAAGAAGGUUGAUGGGCAUGACCGUGGCCCUGCGAAUUGAGAAGGCUGCUCCUUGUAUUAUAAACGGGAAAGAGAUUGGGCUCUCUUUUUUCUCUCUUUUUUGGGGGUGGGGGAGUUGGGAUUAUUUUUCAUUUGUUAAUUUAUUAGUCAAAAAAAAUCUGUACAACAUCUUAUGUCUUCACAUACACUUAUUAUAUGAUUUUCAUUCAGCUGUCUAUUCCUAACUUUAAAUAUUAGCGAUUAGAUUACUAUAAGCUAAAUAAAAAGGCUUUUUAUUCA